AUGGAUUACUUCAAACGUAUGCCUGGCCGCAUCUCACAUGCUCUGUCUACAGACAUCACCAUCAACCGUACUAUUCGCUAUGGCGGCAAGGCCGUUCGUGCAGCCCCCUCUGUCGCUGCCCAGUAUCUCGUUGAGCGAGUUCCUGUUGUACACUGGCUCCCAAGGUACAACCCACGAUGGCUGCUGAAUGACACUCUCGCUGGCAUCACAGUCGGUGUGCUGUUGAUUCCCCAGUCACUUGCAUACGCCAAGAUUGCAACCAUUCCAGGCGAGUACGGUCUGAUGUCUAGUUGGCUACCCAACUUUCUUGUCUUCAUUAUGGGUACAUCCAAGGAUCUAUCGACUGGUCCGACAUCCCUUAUGGGGCUGCUCACCGCCGAGAUCGUUGCCGAUGUAGUCCAUGAGGGUUACUCAGCCCAAGCCAUUGCCUCUGCAGUUGCCAUGUCUGUUGGCAUAUACUCGCUCGCUAUCGGUCUGCUCAAGCUUGGGUUUCUUCUCGAGUUCAUCUCGGUGCCGGUACUAAGUGGCUUCAUCUCCGCUGCCGCCAUUGUCAUUAUGCUUGGGCAGAUUCCUUCACUCUUCGGCAUUACCGUCAGGUCUGGCACUGCGAACAUCAUCCACGAUAUAUUCGCCAAGAUACCGCAAUGGGAUGGUGCAACCACCGGCAUCGGUCUCGGUGGUAUCCUCAUCCUCGUGCUGAUGCAGAAGAUGGGUCAACGCUGGGGCAAGAAGAGCAAAGCUGUCUGGCUGCUAGCGCUUGGACGUAGUGCUGUCGUGCUGAUUCUGUUCACGGGCAUGUCAUACGGCAUCAACAAGAACAGGGAUGAUGACCCCGUGUGGGCAUUGAGCAAGGUCAAGUCCAACGGCAUCGAGACGCCAAAGAUGCCCGAUGGCGAACUGAUCAAAAAGGUCUUCCCUCGCUCCAUCGCCCCUUUCAUCGCUGCUGCUCUCGAGCACUUGGCCAUUGCCAAAGCAUUCGGCCGCAAGAACAACUACAUCACCGAUGCCGCACAGGAGCUCGUCUACCUGGGCACCACAAACUUCUUCAACUCCUUCUUCUCCUCCAUGUCCGUCGGCGGCGCUAUGUCUCGCACAGCCGUCAACUCCGACUCGGGCGUCAAGUCCCCCGCCUACGGCGUCAUCGCCGGCGGUGUAGUGAUCCUGUCCAUCUUCAAGCUCAGCCCAGCACUUUACUGGAUCCCCAAAGCCACGCUCGCUGCCAUCAUUGUCACGGCUGUCUGGCACAUUGUCAUCCCACCCAAGGUUUUCUACGGCUACUGGAAGACUUCCCUCGUGGAUUUCAUCGCCUCGAUGCUUGCUUUCUGGCUGACCCUCUUCGUUUCGUCUGAAGUCGGUAUUGGUACAGCGGUAGGCUUCAGCAUCUGCUACCACCUCCUCUUCCAAGCGUUCCAUCGCGUACGCCGCAUCACUACACUCGACGCCGGCUUCGCCAACCCGAACAGCACUGUCGUGCCCCUCAAUACUCAAGUCUUCCGCAUCCACCAGUCGAUGCUCUUCUUCAACGCAUACUACAUCAAGAAUCAGUGCCUUGAUGCCAUCCAGACGCACAACUCGGGCCAGGUCGUCACAGUCGAAGCCCAAAAGGAACGCAACUGGAGUGUCGCAGGUGACAAGCGUGCCGCGAGACUCAGGACUAAGGCGAAGAUUGUCGAGGAACCGGUGCAGAUCCGCAUCGUCGUGCUAGAUUUGAGCGGCAUGCAUAACAUCGAUACCACCGGCCUCACAGCUUUGAAGGAUCUGAAGGCCGACAUCGAGAAAUUCGGCGGUAAGAAUACGCAGUUGAGACUCGUGGGGUUGAAUGAGCGCGUUGCGCUAAGGUUUGCGAGGUUCGGAUGGGCGGUGCAGGAUGUAAGUGAGAUCGAGAAGAGUAAUGAGGAGCGCAAGAGGGUCACUGCUGUAUAUGCGACGGUCCAACAGGCGCUGAGCCAUAAGGGCCGCAUGUUUAGUGAGGACGAUAUUCAGCCUAUAGAGAUGCGUAUCGUAGGUGACGAGAAGGAGAAAGUUUGA